AAAUCGCGUCCACGCUCGUAGCAUGGAGUCACCGUAAAGAAGUAAGGUUUAUGAUACCAUCUUUCAAUUGUCUUCCGUGCGUGUUAGAGCUCAGCUUAAUUUCCUUGGUACAUAAUAGUCCUCUCGCGUGCGCUGCAUUGGCAGGCAGAAACUUCGUUGACGAUAGAGUCUGCCUGCCCUGGAUCUAAACCACAGCCAAAAAUAUGACAUUGACGUCAAGUAUUUCAACCGAUUCAACAAACGGUAAAGUUGGACAACUCGAAACGCCAAACCAGCGUAGUAUGGCAACAGAAAGAAGUUUUCUUUUCGGUUCUCGUCGGGUGUUUACGUUCGCCAUGCUUGCUGGAGUUUUAAUUUUUCUGAUGGGGAGUCUCUCCGUGUCGAUGCAAUCGCAGCAAUACAUCGAAGCGCUCUAUUCGGGGUUGUCCGCGGUCGCUAGUCUGAAUAACAGCACCACCCUAAAAAGCGUUGAGGAAUUGACGUAUGUUGCACAGCAACAUUCUCCUGGACUUACGGGACGAACAUUACCGGAGCAUCCCCACGAAACACGAAUACGACAAGCGAUACAUUCCCACUAUCCUCAUUUUGAACAUCAUUCGGUUCGAGGUAAAGUUGUGGACGUGACGCAGAAUGUUAACCGGAUCGAAGAGCUGUCCUUAACGAGGAAGAAAAAUGUCACCUACAUGGAAGUGAAGGAUGAGGACCACGGACCGUUGAAUGUCGUCCUGUUUUACGCUGACGACUGGACUUUGAAAGUGCUUGGAGCCUUAAACCCUCACGUAAAAACACCAAAUAUUGAUCAAAUGGCGAAGAAUGGAAUGCUCUUUCCCUAUAAUUGUGUCACCACGAGUAUUUGCUGGAUUUCACGUGCCACGUUGGUAACGGGUGUUUAUGCGGCGGUCCACCAACAACUAAAAAUUGCGCACAACAGUCUAUUUAAUAACCUGACCAUUCCGUGGACAGAAACUCUAUUUCCACAGCUGAAGAAGCACGGCUAUUACACGGGAUUAGUUGGAAAAUGGCACGCCCCGUCGCCAGGGAAAGAGAUGAAAUUGGCCUUUGAUGUGAUGAAUAUCUAUUACGGGCGGCAUUGGGAACUGCGAAACGGUCAACGUCGUCACGUGACCGAUCUAAACGGCGAAGAUGCGCUCAAUUUUCUGAGAAGUCGCCCCAAAGACCAAAAGUUUGCAUUGAAGGUCUCCUUCUUCGCCACACACGCUCAGGACUACACAAUUCCAGCCUACUCGCCCAUGAACGAGAGUAUGUCUUUGUACGAAGACGACGACAUUCCUUGGGUGCAAACGAAUACAGAGCAGCACUGGAAAGAUCUGCCUUGGUUUUUUGACAACCGCAACGAAGGUCGGCGGCGGUAUAUUGGUCGCUUCGAUACUCCCGAUAAUUAUCAAUACAACAUCAAGUGCUUGUACCGUAUGGCGACCGAAGUUGAUUCGGUUGUUGGCGAAGUGAUUGAUGAACUCAAAAGGCAAGGUGUUUACGACAAAACGCUUUUGAUCUUUACAACAGACAACGGAAAUUUGCAUGGCGAGCACGGUCUUGCGGAAAAGUGGUAUCCUUGGGAGGAAUCAAUUCGAGUCCCACUGGUCAUCCAAGAUCCACGCAUGCCAGCAACAGAACGUGGCAAAGUCAAUGAUGAAUUCACGUUGUCGGUGGACCUUGCACCGACGAUUUUGUCGGCGGCAAAGAUUCCGAUACCAUCUCAUAUGCAAGGUCGGGAUAUUGCCGAACUGUACUUUGAUCCACACCAGGCAACGGUAUCAUGGCGUAAGGAUUUCUUUUACGAAUGGAGUCAAGGCGAGCCGGUAGAAGCCGUAGGCCAUAACGAGUACUACCAUAUUCCAGCGGUCUUUGCGCUGAUUCGCAAGGACUGGAAGUAUUUUUACUGGCCGCAGGUCAAAGUUGAGCAGCUAUUCCAGAUUGAGAACGAUCCGUACGAGCAGCGUGAUGUGCUGAACUCGACGGCUCAAACAACACAAGAAGCACUGGAUUUUAUGAGGGCAAGAUAUUUUUUUCUAAAGAACUACUCCCAAAUGGGCAACCCAGUCUGAUACUUCUCAGAAAAAUUCUUUUUCUUCUAAUAGUAUGAAGCAUUUUCUCUUA